AUGACGAUUUGUGGACGGACUACUUGUGCGAGCUUCCGUAUUUCCCGGAGUCCUACUUCAGAAGAAGGUUUCGAAUUCGACGAGAUCUUUUCACACGAAUUUUUACAGAGUGUUGAUGAAGUUAUAAAGAUAGGAGCAUCAAUGGCACGAGUCGCAACCAUGGAGUUCUGUGAUACUAUUAUAACAACAUUUAAGGAGCAAUAUUUGCGGGAUCCGACCAAUGAGAAGACAACGCGACUACUAGCUGAAAAUGGACAACGUGGAUUUCCAGGAAUGAUAGGAUCAUUGGAUUGCAUGCAUUGGCAAUGGGAUGCAUGUCCCGUGGCUUGGAGAGGCCAAUACAACGGACGCUACGGAUACCUGACACUAAUAUUAGAGGUAGCUUCCUCACAAGCUUUUUGGAUCUGGCAUGCAUUUUUUGGAAUGCCCGGAACUAAUAACAAUGUUACAGUCCUGGAUCAUUCGCCUCUGUUCAACAAGUAUAUGGAUGGAACAACACCACCGGUUGACUACGAGGUGAAUUGUAGGCAUUAUAACUUGCCGUACUAUUUAACGGAUGGUAUAUAUCCAAAACAUGCAAUAUUCAUUCAAGUUGUGAGAAAUCCCGAUUACCGCCAGGGAACAAGCGUUUACAACUACGCAGGAAGCUUGCCGUAA